UGACAGCAGGCUGGCCAGAGACCGUCAGCAGCCGCUGUUGUUGCCGCUUCCACUCCACGUUGUGAGACCGGAUACAAACUGACACAAGUACGGGAAUUCAUUUCUGUAACGGGCAACAAAAAGUGUUUUCUGAAAGCUUUUGGACACAGUGAGCGCCGAGCCUACUCCUCCUCCUCCUCCUCCUAUUCCCGGUGCUGAGCGGACUGUCAGUGAAGUGGGACUCGAGACGGAGAGGCCGAAGCUGAGAGAUAUUUGACCGCAUGAAGAGGCCAAGUGACGGGACACCGGUCCUCACCUAGACCUCUCCCACGAACCAAUCCCCCCCCCUCCCCAGCCCCUGCAUGGACAUGAGGUCUUUCAGAUCGUUUGCUAACGACGACCGCCAUGUCAUGGCCAAGCACUCCAGCAUAUACCCGGCACCAGAGGAGCUGGAGGCCGUCCAGACGCUGGUGUCCACUGUGGAGGGAGCACUAAAGAAAGUCUCUGAUUGGAUGGAUGGACUAAAUAAAUCCUCAGGGAAGACCUCCAGCAAUAAUGAGGCUGGGGACAUUCAAGUGGAGGCAGACGCUGCUGAGACAAAGCCCGACCACACGCCAGCGCUUUGCGGGGUGACGCGUGUCGGUCUGGUGGCCAAAGGCCUGCUGAUCAAAGGGGACAUGGACCUGGAACUGGUGCUGAUGUGCAGGGAGAAACCCACCAAAGUUCUGCUAUACACCAUCAGCGCCAACCUCCCCCUGCAGAUCCAGACAAUGACGGAGGACAAAUUCGAGGUGCAGUCGUGCGUCCCCGAAGCAGCCAUCCGGGUCCGCAACACCAAAGACCCUCGACUCACGCUGAAGAUCACCCUCUCCUCCUUAACCAUGAGGGAGGAACGCAGCCCCACAGAAGAAGAGAAAGGCCAUCAGGACGACAGGAAGCAGGAGGACAAGAAACAGAAGGAGGAUGAGGAGGAGGAGGAGGAGGAAGAGGUCCUGGACAGGCAGAAGUGCCGGGCUGCACUGGCUUCACUCCGACACACCAAGUGGUUCCAGGCCAGAGUCACAGAUCUCAAGUCUGGUGUCAUCGUCUUGAGGAUUUUCAGAGACAUGAGCAACAGACUGGCUGGGUGGCAGCCUCUCAAAGGAUGGCCUCUGGAGCUGAUCUGUGAAAAGGCCAUGGCAACGUGUAACCGGCCCCUGGGUCCAGGGGAGGGCCUGCGCCGCGUCAUGGAGUGCAUCGCCUCAGGGAUCCUUCUUCCAGAAGGCCCCGGAGUCUACGACCCCUGUGAGAGGGACCCCACAGACGUCCUGACUGACCUCAGCGCGCAGCAGGCAGACGCCAUCACUCACAGCGCACAGCAUGCGUUACGCCUCCUAGCUUUCGGACAGCUUUACAAGGUCUUGAAUAUGGAUCCUCUCCCUGCCAGCAAGCCCUCACCAAGGCUGUUAGAAGGCGGCUGUCAGAAGAGGCACCGGGAGGACGUCGGGUCAGAUGACAGAGACUUCAUCAAAAGGAUGAAAGUCCUGGACUGGAGGAUGACGGAUCCUAACCACCCCAUGAACGCUCUCAUGCGUCUCAACCAGAUCCACCCGGGCCUGCAGUACCGCCUGCUCUCUCAGUCCGGCCCAGUGCAUGCCCCGGUCUUCACCAUGUCUGUGGACAUCCAGGGGACCACCUACCAGGCCUCCGGCAACUCCAAGAGGACGGCCAAGCUCCAAGUGGCCCUCAAGGCGCUGCAGGCUCUGGGCUUUGUGCUCGGCGGCGACGGAGACGUGGACUCGCUGAGCGCCGACGAGAAGUCAGAUGGCGAAGGCAAGAUCGACAGGAUGUCCACCACCUCCAGCUCCACCUCCAUCACCUCCUCCACAGACACACAGGAGUCCAGAGCUCCAGGUCCCAUCCUGACGGCGGGGGGGAAAAACCCUGUGAUGGAGCUGAACGAGAAACGGCGAGGGUUAAAAUACGAGCUGAUAUCAGAGAGUGGCAGCAGCUACGACAAACGCUUCAUCAUAGAGGUGGAGGUGGACAAGCAGGUGUUUCGGGGAACGGGUCCAAAUAAGAAAGUAGCCAAAGCCAGCGCAGCGCUCGCCGCCCUGAACAGCCUGUUCUCCGGCUCCAAAUCUACAAGCAUCAAGAAGAAAAGACCCAACCCUCCUCCAAAGAGACCCGUAACCUCGAUGCUGACGCUCCCGGCCCUCGCUGCCAGACCUCCAAUUGUCCCCGUCCUCCCCAGAGCCCCCUACAUCAGCACACAACACACACAUGGAUACAUCCCCCCGGGUUUUGGGGCUCCUUAUGGUUACAGCCCUGCAGGCGCCCUCCCUCACUACGGUGGCCUGUACAUCGACAGUGCCUAUUACCAGCCGCAGACCAUCGCCACACCUAUCAUCAUCCACCUGGGCCCUCAGGAUCUUUUCUGACCCGACCCACGCACCGAGGCCAGACUCUGCCCCCCGUUUAACCCCUCGCCCUUUUUAAACUCUGCCAGCGCCUCUCAAUUACUGCAGCGCCGCUCCCUCGGGACUCUCCUUCCACACAAGACGCGGCAGCAAUAUUGAAAGCAAUAUGGAGGAGACAACACUGCGGGCAACACUCUGUCAAGUCAAGGGCGGGUUUUAGUGAAGAGGCGAGACUUUGUUCGCCAGCUCUCAGAAAAUGUCAAUGAAACACAAAGCAAUAAUUCUCCUGCCUUUGGGUAUCUCAACAUGUUCAAAAGCAACUUCAGCAGAAUUCAAACAGACCAUCAACACCGGCACAUUUACCACAAUGUGACCUGUAUGUCAAUAUAUUUACUAUCUGUAUAUAUGAAUGUUUGUGAGUUUUGAAUAUAUAUAUAAACAUGUUAAUAUGUAAAACCCGCUGACAGGUAAAGAAACGUAUUCAUAAUAUAUCUCUGAAUGUAAAUACUAGUAGCUUUGUAUUUAAAGCACUCAGCAAUGCUAUCUAUGAAUAUUAAGAUUUAAAUUAAUUUGACAAACUCUAUUACACUAUUGGUAUGCUGGUAUAUAUUCCCUAUUUAAACAUGAUAACAUAUAGUAUACAAAGUAUUGAUUUUCCCUGAGAUAAAUGUAACAUACUAUUUGACAUUACAAGGUUUUAAUUAUUUAUUUUCCCAAAAAUAAUCUCUCAAAUUGAAGCUUUGUCACCAGUCGUAAAGUCCACUUAUGUCACUGUUGGGUUUAAAUCAAUGGUUACCAACCCGAGGGCAUGGGCCCCCUCAAAAGCACACAGGACAAAUAUUAGAGGUCACAAGAUGAUUAAAGGAAGAGGAAAACAAAUAUUUCUACAUAACGUUGUUAGUAACAGACUUUUCUUGGUUUUAAAGGCUCUCAGACAGAAUCAU